CUGCUGACGCUGACUCCGCAAGUUGCUCGUGAUGUCCACAAUUUGACGCGUCCAUCCUCGUGCUUCCACGUUCCUCGCCGACUAGUAGUGAAAAUACGGUUCAUUGAGUGGGAAAUCCCUCUUUCUGGAUCGCGCAAUUCUUUAUUAUGAGGAGCGACAGUGUCGGACUGUACAACGUGUCGUGAACAAAAGAAAAUUCGACUUUCGCAAAAAUGUGGGCAGACACCAUCCUGAUUUUGUUUAUCAGCAUAUGCACGGCGUUGCUGGGUGAAGGAUUGACGUGGUUGAUGGUAUACCGAACUGAGAAGUAUCAGAAACUGAAGGCCGAAGUCGAGAAGCAGAGUAAAAAGCUGGAGAAGAGAAAAGAGGCGCAUGGCGAUUCUUUGGACAGGCAGCAGAAGAAGAAGAUCGAACGGGAGGAGGAGAGAUUGAAGAACAACAAUCGAGACCUGUCCCUGGUGAAGAUGAAGUCAAUGUUCGCGAUCGGGUUCGCAUUUACCGCGCUGUUAAGCAUGUUCAAUAAUAUAUUCGACGGGCGGGUGGUCGCCAGAUUGCCGUUCGUCCCGAUCAGCUGGAUACAAGGCUUGUCGCACAGAAAUCUCCCGGGCGACGAUUACACGGAGUGCUCGUUCAUAUUUUUGUACAUAUUGUGCACGAUGAGCAUCAGACAGAACAUCCAGAAAAUGCUUGGCUUCGCGCCAUCCAGAACUGCGAGCAAGCAGAGCGGCAGUAUCUUCGGGCCUCCGCCUCAGCAAUUUAAGUGAAAAAUCAAAUUCAAUGAAUUGUUACUGGUGUUUACAGAGAACUCUUUUGCACACCUCCCCCUGUGUGAUUCUGAAAAUUUAUUUAUUUCCAGUUAAUCUUAAUAAUCUGCACACACCACUUUAUACAUCUUGAAUUAUAUUUAAAUAAUUGUUCUCAGAUUUUCUUACAGUCUCUAUCAUCUUUGAAUAUAAAAUAAUGUAAUUAUUCUUGUGAUGCUUAUUGUGAAAUAUAUGUUACAGUUUGUUUGUUAAA